AUGAAGGCUGCCGACAGCGAGGUCGCCGACGCGCACUUCAGGGUGGACAAGCAGAACGUCUCCCUCUGGCCCCCAGACCCUCCUCCCAAGACGUGUCCGUCCCGGGUUCUGGGGAGACUCCUCACGGUCCGCGCUGUGGUCGUCUUCCUGACGCUGGUCACGGUCACCUCUGUCCUGCUGCAGGCCAUUCUCUAUCCCUGGUUUAUGGGCACAAUAUCAGAUGUCAAGACCAACGCCCAGUUGCUAAAAGGUCGUGUGGACAACAUCAGCUCCCUGAGUUCUGAGAUCAAGAGGAACAGAGGUGCCCUGGUGGCAGUGGGCUUUCAGGUCCAGAUGGUGAAUGCCAGCUUGGACCGCAUAAGCUCUCAGAUCCGGAGGUUGGAAACAGGCUUGAAGGAAGCCAGUGUGCAGCUGCAGGUGCUAACAAGUAGUUGGGAAGCAGUCGAUGAGUUAAAUGCCCAAAUUCCAGGGCUAAAACAAGAUUUGGAUAAAGCCAGUGCUUUAAAUGCAAAGGUCCGGGAACUCCAGAGCGGUUUGGAGAGUAUCAGCAAAUUGCUUCAACAGCAAAAUGACAUUCUCCAGGUGGUUUCUCAAGGCUGGAAGUACUUCAGGGGGCACUUCUAUUACUUUUCUCAAAUCUCGAAGACCUGGUACAGUGCCCAGCAGAUGUGUAUAUCGAGGGACUCCCACCUGACCUCAGUGACCUCAGAGCGUGAACAGGAGUUCCUCUACAGGACAGCAGGCGGACUUCCCUACUGGAUCGGCCUGACCAAAGCAGGAAGUGAGGGGGACUGGCACUGGGUGGAUGGCACUCCGUUCAACAAGGUCCAGAGUGAGAAGUUCUGGAUUCCAGGCGAGCCCAACAACUAUGGGAACAAUGAACACUGCGUCAACCUAAAGAUAUCCUCACUGCGGUCAUGGAAUGAUGCCUCCUGUGACAAUACAUUUCCUUUUAUCUGUAAGCGAUCCUAUAAACCAUCAGAACCAUGA